AUGGAGCUUAAAGUUCCAGUCCAUGAACCAGGUCGCUCACCUUCUGUAUCCGAAAGCAAUCCUAAUGAGAAAGAAAUCAGUGAUGAUGAUGAUGAUGAUCGCAACCAUAAGCAUCGUAGAAGAGAUGAUGCAAGGUCUCAGUCACUGGAAAGAGAUUCCAUGGAACAAGUAUUUACUAAUAAGCCAUACAGAAGAGGAAACAAACCUUUUGAAAAUGGGCAUAUUUACAGGGAACAAGGUUCCCAUUCCAAUGACACAUGGAAAAAUUACAAUUUCAACCCUAUGGACAAAAGACGACAAGGACCUUUGGAUUUGAACCAGAGAAUUAGGGAUCCUGGUCCAAUGAGGGGUAGAGGAAACUGGAAUCAACAUGAUCCAAGAUUCAACUCUGUUGAUAUUGCUUCUAGAAUAGCUCAACAAGGAUCUGUACCCCCUGGUAUGUUUGGUGGAAGGGGUUUACCAAGUGUUUCAAAUGCAUAUGGUCCAUCUUGGAGUGCAUUUGGUUUGGUUCCAGGUAUACCAAAUGGUGGUAUUGAUACACUACAUACCCUUGGUUUACAAGGAACAUAUAGAGCCAUUAAUCCCUCCAUGAACAUGGGAAUGGGACUGCCACGUCAGCGGUGUAGAGACUUUGAAGAACAGGGUUUUUGCCUAAGAGGUGAUAUGUGCCCAAUGGAACAUGGGGUUAAUCGUAUUGUUGUUGAAGACGUUCAGAGCCUUUCACAGUUUAAUCUCCCUGUAUCGCUUCAAAAUGCAAAUCUGACCGGAGCAGUAUCUGGGGCAGGAGCUUUGCCUGCCCCAGGUGCCCCAACAACCUCAUUCAAAGCUUCACGUGGCAAGACUAGGAAAAGUGGAGUUAGUGGCAAUGCUAAUGCACAUGAGUUAAAUGAUGCAUUAAUUGAUCCUUCUCCAAGUGUUGGAGCUGAUUUUUAUGAUCCAGAUCAGCCUCUAUGGGGUAACGAUUCUCAAACAUCACCUGCAUUACAAUCAAUAAAUCAAUCCAAUGUGAAGGAAAACAGGCCUUUAUUGGAUCCUGGCCCAUCUGGGUCUGAUGAACAUAUGGUAUCCAAGAUUACAAAUACAAAAAACAAAGAAACCAAAGAGAAUAUAAUCUCAAAACCAAUCCCUUCAAAUUUUGAGACAAUUGAAAAACAGGACCCAUCAAAUAGUGGUCAAGUUGUUCACCUCCAUAAACGAAAUGACAUAAAUGGGAAAAGUGUCAGAAAGCCUACACAGAAAGCACAACGAACAGUAUUUGUGAGUGGUAUACCCCUCCAACAAAACAAAAAGGAAUCCCUAUUUUCACAUUUUCAUAAAUUUGGGGAAGUUAUCGAUAUCCACAUUCCUAUAAACACGGAUCGUGCUUUUGUCCAGUUUUCCAAAGGAGAAGAAGCAGAAGCUGCUUUAACAGCACCUGAUGCUGUGAUGGGUAAUAGGUUCAUUAGGUUAUUUUGGGCUAAUCGUGAUAAUGUUCCUAUUAAUGGGUAUAAUAAUAGUAAUAAUGUUCCAAUACCUCCACGUGGCCCACCAGUUUCAUCAACAUCACAUAAUGGGACAUCUGCUCCUUCUUCUGAUCUCCCAAAGCCCGUGAUCAUCAACACCCCAAAAGUCCCUCCACCUUCACAAAAGAAACUGGAGAAUUUAGAGGUUUUGAAAGAAGAGCUUCGCAAAAAGCAAGAAAUGCUAGAUCGGAAAAGGAACGACUUUAGGCGCAAGUUAGACAAACUUGCAAAACAAGCUACAGGUGUAAAAGGGGAGACGGAAGGUGAACAGGUGGCGAAAAGACAGAAACUUGGAAGUGUAGCUGAUAAUUCUGAAAAAGCUGCAACUUCAAGUUCCAUUGAUCCUGAAAAAGUAAUCGAUAAUGGUAGCAAAUCUAUGGAGUCUGGUGUUCAACAAAGUUGUAAAUCAACCAAUGCAAUUGCAAUGCAAGAAACACCAGUUUUGAAACCAUCAUUACGACCAUUGAUGCCGAUUAAUCCAUCGAUUGUCACGAAUCGGUUCAAACUGGACAAUCGUCCCACUGCUUUUAAGAUUGUUUCAACUCUACCAAAUGAUCUUGCCAAUGUUGCAGUUUUGAAGGAACAUUUUUCUCAAUUUGGUGAUUUGUCGAAGGUGGAGUUGGAUGAUAGUGAUGGUGGAAAUAAUGAUAAUGGAAGAGCUCGUGUAUAUUUCACGACACGACAUGCAGCUGAGAAGGCGUAUUUGAGUGGUAAAAGCUGGAAUGGUCAUAACUUGCAAUUUUCAUGGAUGAAAACUAGCAGUAGCAACCAAAGUCCUUUAUCCACUUCCAAAGGAAAUUCAGAUGCUGAAAAACCUGGAGAUGUGGAAUCUGAAAAGUCAGAGUUGUACAGCCAGCUAAAUGUUGAAUACCCCCUGUUUCCUAUGCCGGAGCACCAUAAUCUUGGGUGGAAGCCACAUGGAUUUUCAGAGGUUAACGAUCAUUCCAAAAGAGCAGAUAACGUUUCGUAA